UCUUUCACCCUGAUACUCGCUUUUCCUGAGAGAUUAGCGUGUAAGAGUGAGGGGUUUGACUCGGGAGAGCAGUUGAGCAGGAGAGCGCAAGGCCUGCUGCUGGUAGUGGGGUGAGAAGUUGCCACCAGCAGGAAAGUCAGCGAGGGAGAGGAGAAGGGCGGGCGAGGUGUGCAGGGAACAGCCAAGUUGAGGUCAGUAGUAUGGUGGAUGGUGUAGGGGAUAUACGUGCGCGCUCAGGACUCUAGCCACAGGGACACCACCUCUUAGCGCCAUACCACUACCUCCUCCAACCCUCUCCUCUGCCACCGCCGCUGCCUUACUCCCGCCGCCUCCCUUCAUGUCAGGAUGCAGCCGCCCCCGAGAAAGGGUAAUUACCUGAAGGUGUGCAAGAACCUCCACAGUGAACAGUUGUCCAAACUUCUCGCCAAGAACCAGCAAGAGUGUGAUCUCUUGGAAGAUAUCAGAAAUUUCACAAAGCAGCGAUCGUCCAUUGAGAAAAGUUAUGGGGAGGCCCUGUGUAAGAUAGCAGCCAACUACCAGAACAGGAAGAUCGCCUGUGUGCCAGACAUAAGACUUGAAGAUGGCUCAGAUGCUUGGAAUGUGUACAGUGUGUGGCGGACAGUGCUGGAUGAGACAGAGAAGCUGGGCAAGGCACGGCUGGCAGCAGUGGAGGUGUUCCAGCAAAACAUAUCUGAAGAUGCUAAGGUGACACGGCAGAACAAGAUUCACCUGGCCAAGAAGUUCUCAGACCAGCUGAAGGUGGCACAAGGGGAGCUACAGACACAGGUGCAGGAACUUGAACGUGCCAAGAGGAACUACUAUGAGGAGGAGCAUGUGGCUCAUGAUGCAAGGGAGAAGGCCAGUGCUGCAGAAGAGAGACUCAAGAGGAAAAAAGGCUCCAUCUUUCAGUCCAUUCAGUCACUCCAGAAGAAUAGUGCAAAGUUCUCAGCUAAGAGAGAUGCCUGUGAUGAGAAGUCUGCUGGGGCUCGGAAUGAUUAUCUCCUCACUCUAGCAGCAAGCAAUGCCCACCAGCGGCGAUACUACGAGGUGGACUUUGAGCGGUUCCUGAGGACGAUGGAGUGUGACAUGUAUGACAAGGUGGCAGAGUACCUGACCCUGAUGAGCAGGACAGAGUUGCUCACCUGCUCAGCCACACAGUCAUCCUUCAACAAGAUCAAGGAGCAGGCAACCACGGUGACUCGGGGAUACAACCUUCGCUGCUACCUGACCUUCUAUCCAAUGCUGGGGCAGAACAUCCAGUAUGACUAUGAGCCUUGUGAGGGUGACUCUAUUGAGAUCGUCACUGUACAUGAUGAUGCCACUCAGACGUUGCUUGAGCAGGAAGGCCGCAGAUGUGUUACCACCAUACAGAAGGAUGUCAAGAACAUCCGAGAGGCCACACGCAAGAUUCAAAAGUUGAAUGUGGUGGGUAAACAUGAGUAUGACUUACCACCAGACAUUGAAUCAAAACUGGAUGAGCAGCGACUUGUCAUCCGGCGAGCAGAAACCUCCAAGGUCAAGAUGGAAAGUAAAAUUGAGGUGCUAAAGGAAGGAGGAGUGGAAGUGGAGGACUAUGCCAAGAGUCUGGAUAGUGACAGCCUUGGGGUGGAAGCAGAAACAAGCCUCAGUCGCUCUGAGUCCACCCUGUCUGUCAGGGAGGAGGUUGAGGCACCACCUGUUGAAUAUGAGAAGGAGGAGGUGGAGUCCAAUGCUGUUGUCGUCUCCUCUGGGCCUGAGUCAACUGCUACUGCUGAGUAUGAGCGUGGUGACUCGGCACAGACACAGGAUGAUGGGAGGUUAGACCCAGGGAUGUGGGACCCCAUGAAUGUGGACUGGGGGGAUGUGCCAGUGUCUCCGCUGCCUCCCGUCACCAAUGGGCCACCAGAGGAUGCAGGCACCUUCCCCAAGUGUACUGUGCUCUACAACUACACGGCCCAGAAUCCUGAUGAGCUCACCAUAGUGGAGAACGAAGAGCUGGAGUUGAUGGGAGAGGGUGAUGGGGAUGGCUGGGUACAGGCUCGGAACUACAAGGGAGAGGUUGGGUACAUCCCUCAGAACUACAUAGAGAUGGAAGAUGCAUCAGCUGGUGGUGUUGCUCCUACAGCUGCCCCACCAGACGCUGCCCCUGCCCCUGCCCAGGAGGUCCCCACCACUGCGCCAGUGGUUGAGACAAGCGAUGCAGCUGCCAUCUCUUUCUCCUCCAUAGAGUACAACUUAGAGCUGGAUGAGGAAGUGGCAGCUCCCGUAUCUUUCUCCUCCAUGGAUUACAGUUUUGAGCAGGGUGGUGGCUAUGACGAAGUGGAGGAGUAUUCUUCUGAGCCACCUCCAGACCUGCCGCCGCCACCACCAGCAAUCACAACCACCACAGCCCCGCCCGCUGCUGUGCCGCCUGCCUUCUCUCUGCCAGUAGAGACCAAUCAGCUUCAUCAAGGAGACUUUUGCCGCGCUGUGUAUGACUACGAGGCAACGUGUGCUGAGGAGAUUACAUUCUGCGAGGGUCAGAUUAUACGCAUUCUGAAGAGGACGGUGCACGAUGUGGAUGACGGCUGGUGGGAGGGGGAGGUGGAUGGCCAGGUGGGACUGUUUCCUUCCCUUGUGGUGGAGGAAUGCCGCUCUGAUGGAGAACCGCUGACUCCUGAUGUGUUCACGUUCCAGGCCGUCUCAGGUGCAUCGCCGUGCACCACCCCACCGCCACACACACCGCCUGAGGUGCCUGGUUUCCUCCUGCCGCCUGAGCGUGUCAUCAUCACUCAGCCAACACCAGUGGUGGAGACGGCAGAGGAGAGUCAGAUGCCCACGGAAGCACCACCAGCACCCCCUGCCACCACUGCCCCCGCCACUGCCACCACCAGCAAUAAUGCUGCUACUGGAGCAGCUGUGGGUGGAGGCUACGACUCAUCAGCCUUUGAGUUGGAGCUGAGUGGGCAGCAUCAGGAGCAGUAUUCUCGCCAGUUCAGCUCCUCCCCAGAGAGUGAGGCCACGGACAGAGAUCAGCAGUAUGCAGAGCUUGUCUCCAGCCCUGAUGUGUCUAACCAGGAGCAAGCGAGGCAGCAGAGGGAACAGGAGCCUUCAUCAGCCACCUCUCCGGACACUCUGCAGGAAGAGGCCUUCGAGCUUGAGCCGUGGCACGAUGAGGCCGUGGAUCCCUCGUCCGCCACCACCACCACCAUCUCCCUUGACGAGGCGGGUGGUCUGGUCAGCCCUCUAUCGGAGGCACGGGUGGUGGAGGUGUGUGAGCCUCCAGAGUCCCCGCCCCUGCCACCUCAGCCCCCGCAGCAACAGGAGAGCGAAGGCCAACCGCCCUCCAUGGAUGAGGCGCCAGAUUUCCCGCCACCAACCCUGGAGGAGACCGCCAUGGAUCCCCUGCCUCCUCCCCCACCGCCCGAGGAGGAGAAGGAGGAGGAGAAGGUGGAGGCGCAGCAGGGAGCCGCGGGGAAGAAGGCCAGGACCAGGAAAGCGGCAGUGGCGACGAGCGUGAGUCAACAGCAGAAGCAGCCCAAGGUCCCCGCUGAAGGAGGAGGCGGAGGGGACUCUGACGGCCUCGGCGUGGCGCAGAUUGUCAUCACGGCCGCCACGCCGGUAGUGGAGGCCCGCGAGGCUCGCACCGACGAGGAUUCUCGGGCCGAAGCUGACCAGGACGAGGACGCACAUCAUCCCGAGGCCGAGCGCUCCGAGGUCGAGGGCGAAGCGCUCAUCCUUGACGACGAGGGGCGCCCGCCUCCUCCCCCACCUGCCCCUGAGGGACCCAUGGAGAUGCGCAUGGAGGCAUGCGGGGCCGAGGGCGGCACCAGAGAUCUCGGGGGCAGCGAGGAGCGCUCGCCCUCGCCCAAGUCCCCAAGUCCCAGCGACGGCCCUCCGGACCUCGACCCCGAGAAGCUUAAGACCUUGGAGCGGAUCAAGGAGUCCAUCGCUUAAGGCAAGAUCCCGCCCCGCCUCCCCUGCCCCCGGCCGCUAGUCUGAGGGGCGGCCCGCGGACCAUGUCCCGGCUACUCCUCUCCCAUGGGCGCUUCCAGCUGCGUUAUGAGGCCGAGGCGGCGGGGAGAGGCGGUGACGUGAAAAAGUCCUGCCGUCGCCUUGACAUACCGCGCAUUUGGAGGCGCGCCGCCCCCCACUGCCUGCCAAGCCCAUCUUUGUGUUGUGCUGCGCCGCGUCGUGGCGUGCCGUGCCGUGCCAUGCCGUGCCGUGCCGUGCCGUGCCGUGCCACCACUGGGGCCAGACACCAGAAGGAGUUCCCCGAGAACCACCACUGCUCCAGGUCGAUCCACGGGUGCUUCCUUACACCAGGCAAGAAGUCACUAGAUACAACUCCAAAGGAAAUCAGUUAAGUCUUUACUGAAACACAGCGGCCACUUCCCCCACUGGGGAGAAACUCAAACACCAACCCCACUUCCCUCACACCCGUCAGGAGGAAGUGGAGCAAGAGGGCGGAGGACUGGUGGUGUGUCCUUCAGUUUUCCAAUUGCAAUCAGAUGUAAGGACCUGUGUGUGUGUGUGUGUGUGUGUGUGUGUGUGUGUGUGUGUGUGUGUGUGUGUGUGUGUGUGUGUGUGUGUGCCUCUCCUAUACUCUCUCUCUCUCUCUCUCUCUCUCUCUCUCUCUCUCUCUCUCUCUCUCUCUCUCUCUCUCUCUCUCUCUCUCUCUCUCUCUCUUUAGAAGCAACCUCACGACCAGUCUCGUUUCCUACGGCUGCCUCACUCAAGGUGUCUCAGAUAUCUGUGCCUCGGUGCUCCUCGUCGUUUUGGGAACAUCUUGGACUCACCCUCAGUUAGUGUGUGUGUGUGUGUGUGUGUGUGUGUGUGUGUGUGUGUAGUGGUAUGGAACGUCGGCCGUGCGCGGAGACGAGACAAAAUAAUCUCUCUCUUCGUUUCCAGUUUGUCUUUCCUGUAGUAUUACUCGACUACUCGUUAUUCACUGCAGGGAAUGAAAACAAGAGACGUGCUAAAACUCAGUUCACCUUUCGCAUCCAAGUUUCGUCUUACAAAGGCAGCCAGUACCAGCGCGU